CGCGUACAAAAUGAAAAAAGGUCCUGUUGUGGCCUUUUAACUCUGUUCACCUCAUUUCAUAUAAUCUCCUUCAGAAUGUCGACCAUAGACACAUCCCUCCACCCUCACACGUCCGGGCGCGCCGCCAAAUUCGCCGCCUCCCACUCCUCGCCGCACCCUCUGAUCCUGUACGGCGGCUGGUUCUGCCCCUUUGUGCAACGGUCGUGGAUCACGUUGCACGAGAAGCGCAUCGCGCACCAAUACUUCGAAAUCAAUCCGUACAAAAAGGAACCUCAGUUCCUUGCAUUGAACCCACGCGGGCUGGUCCCCACGCUCGCCGUCCCCGUCGAGAAAACUGGGGGCCAGCAUCAAAAACCACUCUACGAGAGCGUAGUGAUCUGCGAAUAUCUGGACGAAGUGUACAACUCUUCCGAGACCAACGGACCCUCGUUACUCCCUCGAGACGCAUACGAGCGCGCCCGAUGUAGAAUCUGGAUCGACCAUAUCGGUUCCAAGAUCGUCCCGGCCUUUUACAAGUUCAUGCAACACACGGACAAGAAACCAUAUACGCUUGACGAAGCGCGACAGGAAUUCCUGAAUGGGAUCAAGACGUUUGUCAAAGAGUGUUCUUCGUCUGGACCCUUCUUCCUGGGACAACAAUUUAGCAUGGUCGACAUCAUGCUCGCGCCUUGGCUGUGCAGGUUGUUCUUAUUCGACGUAUACAAGGAGGGAGGCGUCGGUAUCCCAGAAGAAGGACAGGGUGGGGAGGAUGAAGCUAUCUGGACACGGUGGAGGACCUGGGCAAAGGCUGUACAGGAACGAGAGAGCGUGCUGGACACCUUGAGCGACAGGGAACAGUAUAUUGAUGCCUAUAAACGGUAUGCGGAGGACACGACGCAGAGUGAGGUGGCCAAGGCAACGAGAGAAGGAAAGAGACUGCCGUAAUUCGUACCAAUUGGCUACUUACCAAACGAGCAUCUGGUUACGCAAGCUUAUGCCUGGCUGAGAUGUGCUCCAUACAAAGACCCCAAGGACUCUGACCAUACCUUGUCUUUCCUAACAUUUCGCUCGUCAAAUAGUUUCCGCGCUGAUAUCCCAGCCCAGAGAGACUGCAACAUAUGUUCAGGCAUUUGUAAG